GUUACUGUGUAAACUCAUUCAGUCCACGUCUUCCUUGCGGAAAGAGUCUUUGCCUGAAAUUUUAUUGAAAAGGAACAUAUAUGGCUUUGACGGAUCCUAAGAUUCCUCCACGCUUUGCAGUGUCAGAUUGGCACACUUCAAACACGAUUAUAAGGACAAACGCAGAACGCCAAAGAGAUUCUUCGCACCGUGUUCGACAAGAAAGCCGCUUUCUGAGAAACGAGACAGACAACCACACUCGCUGGACCCAACACGACAGCAACACAAAGCUUGAAAAGAGAAUACAUGACAUUGACAACUGGAAGAGGGAUUUAGAGAGAUGUCUCGCCGAAACAGAUGCCGAGAUUGCUUUAUUGCAGCAGGAAAAAGAACGAACAGAACGCGCCCUAGAAGCAAAGAAAGUUCCGCUUGAUAUCACCUUCGAAUGUCUUAUGUUAAGAGAAAAUCGACAAAGCAUCGAUCUUGUACGCGAUGAAGUCGAAGCCCAGCUUCACAAGGAGGUGGAAGUGAUUGAAGGAGCUAAAGCUCUUCUUCAGCAGAAAGUUGACGAAGCCUCUGAACAAUUAUGUCUCUUGCAAGAGGCUCGCCAUCAACUACACCUUGAUAUAACAGACAAGCACACUACCCUGGAGCUUGACGCUGAAUGCUAUCGCCUGAACAACAACUCAGCUAACAUUGGCUUUCAAGUAAAUCCCACACGCACCGUGAAGGGAAGUGUAACUCCUGAGACUUGGGAUUCCUUUUCAAACUACAACAAGCUACGUGCCGAGGCAGAGAUGAAAGCAUCCAAGCAUCUCAGGGAGGCAAUUUUUGCCACCUUAAAGCAGACAGCUAAUGAUCUUGAAGCUCAGAGGCAAGCCACAGAGUAUUCCUUCCGCAAAAGAAUUCACGAGACCAAUCAGGCUAGGUCAGAGCUGGAGUGGCAGCAGAAAAAUACCAUGGAGGAAAUCUCAACUUUAGAAAAUGACAUUAAGGGAAUCAAGGAGGCAAUUGAUGCUAAGAAUGCACCAAUGAUGGUUGUACAAACACGUCUGGAAAACAGAACAUACCGACCCAAUGUUGAACUGUGUCGUGACCAGCCUCAGUAUCAGAUGUGCCAUGAAGUGGCUGAAAUCAGCGGCUCCAUCAGGGCACUGAAUGAGAAGCUCCGAGAAGCAGAAAAUGCACUGCAGGCUUUGAGAAGCAACCUGGAGAGGAUCAAUGAGGACCUUGCAAUCAAGAACAAUUCACUGGCUUUGGAGAAUAGAAGCAUGGAAGUGCGGCAGAAAAUGAAGGAAGUCCCGCAUAGCAUGAUGAAUACAGGAACAGUGUUCAACACCAUUCAACAUUCAUCUCGUGUUCCUACAAUGGAGAAUGCUCCCUUUACAGAGGUGCAGGGUACCCGUUCUCCCAUGCCCGUGACCUCUCCUCGUGUGGCUAACACCACCUACACACCACCUUUGAGCGGCAGGAGGGUGCAAUCACCACUUGUUGACUAGUAAAAGUUUUUAUAAACAGAAGAAAAGUUUGUUAUAGAAGUGUUGAAAUGGUGAUUUUAUGCAAGAAUUUGUGAACUACUUUGGCAUAGAGAUGGACUCUUCAAACCAGGAAAACUUCCAAGAAUGAUCACUUGUAAACUGUUUUUUUCGUUGUUCUAGUUGUCAAUGCUUAAUACAAAUUAUAAUUGCACAUAGCAAAAUGUUUUUUUUCCUUUUCAUUUUAGACCAAUACAAAAUGUGUCUUCUCAACAGCGUUCGACUAUAAUUUUAACAAAAUGACUUUUUCAAGAAAUAUGGUUAAUUUAUGCAUGUACAGUUAAUGCCAUUUUAAUGUAAAUAUUUUGGAAUUAUUCAAAUCAGCUGCUAAUAAAACAAUCUUCAUGAUA